AUGAAGGAGCCCGAAUACAAGGUGCGGCCUUCUUCACGUGCAGACCCAAAGGAUGUUUUCCGAAUUUUUCUGUCGCCCGCACAACUUCUACUACAUAAACUUCAUGCUGGCGAUGUUUGCCACAUAGUAACUCUUCAUCAACUGUCAACUCGACCGGCUGUUGUCUGGCCCGCGACCGAAAAAAUCAAGGACGACGUGGUGCAAACUUCGAAGGCUCUUCAGAUUCUCUACGGCUUAAAGCUUGACAGUCGAAUUUCCAUUCGCCGUGGCGACGUAGCGAUUACAGAUGCAGAUGAGAUUACUCUAUGCGAGAUUCCGCAAAAUGAAUCACAAUCAGCUCCCCCGAACCCUGACGAGGAUGAACGUUCUCAUUGGGCGUGGCGACUUAAGCAUUACUUGUGCAAGGCAGAGAUACUAGCUCCAGGUAUGACCUUUGACCGCGUGGAAGCCAACGAUGAAAGAAGAUCAUACCGGAUACAAAGCAUCAACUCGUCUGCUGACCAGAUGCUCUAUCGUGCACGACCGAGCUGCACAGUCUGUCUGAAAGAUGGCCAUUCCAAGAGAGCCAACAGCUUUGAGUGGGGCAAGAGCUUGCUUGUUGUUCCUAGCGAAGGAAUUGGCGGCUUAGACAAGCAAAUCGAGCUUUUGAAUGACGAAGUUAGUGUGUACAGCCACCCUCCCGAAAAAUACGCAAAAAUGCCUCUUUUCUUUCGAACAUGUCAAGGUGGCAUUCUUCUUCAUGGCGCUCCUGGUACCGGUAAAAGUAUGGUUCUCCGCAAGAUUUGCGAGGCCGGUUGGCGGAGGGCAUUCCACAUUGACAUUACAGACGGCAGUCAGCAGCUUGGUGAAAACGAAACAGCCAUUCCCCAAAUUUUCUCUAAUGCCCUGGGUUGUCAGCCUAGUGUUAUCAUUAUUGACCACCUGGAAUCUAUCGCUGGUAAACAAAAUCCAACGGAUCUUGCACGAUCCGUGAACAUAGGGCAGAUUCUGUCUCGGCAGCUUGACCGACUCGAUGAGACGCAGACACUUGCUGUUGGAGCCACCCGCAGUCUCACAGAGAUCAAUCAAGAUCUGAGACGAGUAGGGCGACUCGACUUGGAGAUCGAGAUACCAAUCCCUGACUCAAAAUCGCGUGCGGAAAUACUGAAGGUCCUGUGUAAGUUACCGAAAGACAAAGCUGAUUCGACCUUGGAAAGGAUAGCUGCACGUACACACGGAUUUGUUGGAGCAGACCUUAAAAAGUUGCUACGCCAAGCAAUGAAGACAACACGAGCUCAAGAUAGAGCAUCUGAGUCGAGAAUUGGAGACUUUGAUUGUCGUCCAACCGAGCCACAAGCUUUGCUUGAAAGUAUGGAGGACGCGUUCACCAGCGCCUUAGCAAACAUUCGGCCUACAGUGAUGCAAGAAAUAUUCUUGGAGAUCCCGGAAACCAAAUGGAGUGAUAUUGGGGGGCAACACGAGGUGAAGAAGCGUAUUCAACAGGCAUUGGUGUGGCCGGUCAAGUACCCCGAUGAAAUGAAGCAGUCCGGACUCAAAGCAAAGAAAGGUCUCCUCUUAUAUGGCCCUCCUGGGUGUUCUAAAACCAUGACCGCCAGGGCGACUGCUACAGAGUCAGGGCUGAACUUCAUUGCAGUUAGAGGCGCCGAACUGUUGAGCAUGUACGUUGGAGAGACUGAGCGUGCAGUGCGCGAAGUCUUCGGCAAAGCUCGUGCUGCCAGUCCUAGCAUCAUCUUCUUUGACGAGAUCGACGCCGUAGGAGCUGCGAGGGACAAGAGCCAACAAGGAGGCAUUCACACUGUUACUACGCUGUUGAACGAGCUGGAUGGCGUUGAGGAGCUCAAGGGCGUAUUCGUCCUUGCAGCUACCAACAAACCAGAACUACUCGAUCCAGCUCUCAUCCGUGCUGGUAGGCUUUCGGAGACCCUGUACGUUGGACUACCAGACUUGGAGGCCAGGCGAGCCAUUCUACAGAUGCAGACUCCCGUGUCUCUCUCAGACGAUGUCGACGUAAUGGCGUUGUCAGAAAUGACCGAGGGCUUUACUGGGGCGGAAAUAGUGAAAAUCUGCGAGCAGGCUAGCUACAUGGCUUUUGAGGAGCAGAUACAAUCGAAAGAAAAACGGCGAGUCAGUCAGAAGCAAUUGAGUACUGCUUUGGCUACAGUAAAGCGAUCCGUCACUCCGGAAAUGGUGAGGAAGUACGAGGCAUGGGGAGCAGGGAGGUGA